AUGGAAAUAGUCCAGGAGCUGAUCCCUCUGGCCAAGGAGUUAAUAGCCCAGAAGCCCAAGGGGAAGCUGGUGAAAAUGUACGUGUUGGGCAGCGUGUUGGCCUUCUUUGGCAUAGUGCUCAGCCUGAUGGAGACUGUGUGCAGCCCCUUAACAGCCGCCAGCCGCCUGCGGGAGGAGGAGGCCUGUGUGGCCUCACUGCAGGCCGCCCUGGAGAAGCAGGCCCUGAGGAAGAAAGGCAAGCAGCAGGAGGUCAAACACUCUGUCCGGGGCCUCUCUAAUCGACAGCAUGCCUCCUAG